AUGACCUUUGUCCGCCUAGAAGCCCGAUCAGCGAAUGACACAACGCCGAUUGGCGUCAAGCUGUCUCCACGACGUGGCCUUGUCACGUGCGUUGCAAGCAGAAUCCAAUUGGCAGGAAGUGUUAUUUAGGCUGCCAGAGGACGUCAGGAGAGAAUAAUCAGACUGGCGACCAGGAGAACGGACUGACACAGGCACACAAGUUCGCCUCAACCGCUGACUGUCCUACCACACAACAUCCCGCCGCCACCGUCACCGUCUCAGGACAUGUUAGUUAUCAGUUAAACGGUCUUCUUACUCAAUGCAGGUAUGGGUUGGACGAAUGGCAUUAAAUAGAAGCAACUGGCUGAGCGCCAGCCAGGUGCCAGGGACUGCCCCAAAUCCCACCUUUCGCCUCGACCGAUCGUAGCCCUAGGCGGCAGCCCAGUCAGCCGGAUGACUCGCAAACCACAUCUUCAUUCAGGUGCAUCUGCGACGUCAGUUAAAUCGGCAUCUCAACUCCUCACUAAUUCCCGCGAGCAAAAGUGGAGCUUCACGAGGCGAUACCUUUCGUCGACCUGACACUGCUCUUAGCACCCAUCUCACCGGAUUUGGUGUACAAGGCUAUGCGGUGAAGUAUGCAUUGAAGUAUGGUAAAUCACGGGCAUGUCUUUACUGAUAUUGUCAUCAACAUAUUUUCUGCCCCACAGAAGCAGGUGAGGGAGUAAACACACAUAGAGGUUGUCUGGCCUGGCAGUUUGUCCUUGUCCUCUCCGUAUAUGAUGGGACUAGUAGAGAAGAGUACAGGGGCGUCGACUGCCGGUAAGGUGUGUGAUAUAGAUUGAGUUAGGCGCCUUGUUAAAAGUUCACUUGGCGCGUCCCCUUGAAACGGCACCCUUAGGAAAAGCUUAUUUUUGUCUGCCGUCAGCCUCGAGGGUUUUGGUAGUCUUUCGGUCACGUACCUAGCAAUGAAUACAUCGAGGUACCCGUUCUGGCGAAUGCGAAUUUCAACAAGCUUAAGUUCCACCUCAAUGCUAUCAGCUGAGCAGAUCCUCCUUACUCUUUGUGUCAAGCAGCGCCUUAUGUUUAAUGGAACGAACCUCCUAUAAUUCUUGUUAUGUCCGGACCACGUCUUCUUACGAUAGACGCGACGUCGAAUACUACCUGCAGGCCUUCUGCUCAAAAGCACAUACAGAAAGAGGAGCGAUCUGGACUGUUUUCCUUCAAGCGUGAAUCUGAUUGAUGGGUGUGCUUGAUUGAUUUCGUUCCGUGGGACUCAAACGUCGUUUUGUUUAGGUGCAAUCGCGAAUCUAUCAUGCACAUAGCGUUCAUACUAUCUCAGACCAUCGAUCUGCAGACGAAAUUCGAAAGCUUCUAACUUGCCCAUGAACAUAUUCGCCAAAAGCUACCCCGUCGAUUUGUCUAUACGGAUUGUUGUCAAAUAGAAGCCGUACUUUGAAGGUACAUCCCAGCAGCAAUUCUUUGAGAGCAUUUACCGCAUUCCUAUAUCAUGAUUAUUGGAGGCAAGGGCUUCACAGAGGUAGUUGACGAUUUCUGUGACCGGUACGUUCGUACAAAGAGACGAGACGUCCAGCGAAAUCAUAAUCUUUCGGUUAAAGUCGAGAUUUUUCAUGCUGUAGACGAAUUCAUAGGUAUACCGAAAGCUACAGUACAUGUGCUAACUCAUGUUAUGCUAGCCGGUAUUGUAUGGGCUUUAGUUUCUCCGCUAGCCACAUCGCGGCGAGUUUUUCAUGUCUAGAAUCGGUGUACCAUGUACGUGGAUCUUUGUCAAGCCAUAUAACUGAGGUAUAUGCGUGCCGACAGGCGGGAGACGCUCUAGGUCGUAUUCGCUAAUGAAACCAUUCGUUUGAAGUCUUUUCAAACAGUCGGUCGGCAGAGUUUCAACCUCAUCUUUUCGAUCAUUUUGGUUUUCUGCCUUUCGGAAAUGUUCCUGCACUGCGCCCGAUCCCACCUCCGGUCAUCUGGACAUUGUCUUUCCAUCGGAGCCAGGUGGGUGUGCGAGGGAGGGAGGGAGUGGGGUAGAUGUUGCGCAGGUCUGCCUGCUCCCACAAUGCAGUCUGUGGGGCACACGUUGGACAUAGUCGAAAUCGACGGUCGAACUGUCGUGGUGGUAUGGUAUCACCGGACUCGCAUCACGACAUCCGUUCACCUGAGCGCCACUUCGAGGGCGGUGCGUACGUGCUUGCGUGCGUGCGUGCACACAUGACCUUUGUCCGCCUACAAUACCGACCAGAAAAUGACACAACGUCGAUUAGCGUUAAGCUGUCUCCACAACUUGGCCAAGUCACGUGUGUUGCAAACAGCAUCCCAUUGGCAGGAGGUGUUACUUAGGCUGACAGACGGCGUCAACAGAGAAAAACCAGACAGUCGACCAGGAGAACGAACUGCCACAGGCACACAAUCUCGCCUCAACCGCUGAUUGUCCUACCACACAACAUCUCCGCUACAGCCACCGCCACCGUAGCAGGACAGGUUAGUUAUCAGUCAGUUAAACGGUCUUCUUCUGACUCAGUGCAGGUAUGGGUUGGACGAAUGGCAUUAAAUAUAAGCAACCGGCAGGGCGUCAGGCUGAUGCUAGGGAUUACCCCAAAUCCACAAAUCCCACCUUUCACGUCGACUAAUCGUAGCCCCAGGCGGCAGCCCAGUCAGCCGGAUGACUCACAAACCCCACAUCUUCUUUGAGGUUCAUCUGGGACGUCAGUAAAAUCGACAUCUCCACUCCUCACCAGUUCCCGCGAGCAAAAAUGGAGCUUCACGAGGCGAUAAUGUUCUUCGACGUGACACUGCUCCUUGCAUCCAUCUCACCGCAUUUGGUGUGCAAGGCUAUGCGCUGCGUCCUGCAUGGAAGUAUGGCAAAUCACGGGCAUGUCUUUACUGAUAUUGUCAUCAUAUUUAAGUAGUCUUACAGGCCGAUGCCUCCCGUCAUUCUGAGUAAAUUGUACACACACAUAUCUGCAUUUAUGCUGCACCAGGUAAUGCAGUGACAUAUGUGUCGAUGGUUUGCAAUUGACAACAUCUAACUACAUUUUCUUCUCUUUGAAUCAUUGUAGAAAUUGCAUGUUUAUGCUCAAUCGUAUUAUUGGACGCAGAGUACUGCUCGUCUGUGGUCGACUACUGCGUCCUUUCGUCGGCAGUUUCAGCAAAGUCGCAUGUCCUCCCUCCUUUGUACUUGGCCUCAGGGAUCACAACAUCAACCACAUGUUUGGUGCCUACGAGGAGGUUCUUUCCAUCCAGAUCCACUAUCUUCGUCAGGGCCUAGGAGCCAACAAUAUCCUCCUAUUUCCCGGUCCAUUCGGCUCCAUCAGGACUGAUUACAUGGACUUCCUACAGCGUCUUAACUGA